AUGAUUCACUUUCUUUCUUUUUCUUUCCUUCUUCCUUUCAUUCUUUCUUCCUUCCGUUCUUUAUUUCUUUCUUUCUUUCUUUCUACACUCCUUUCUUCUACCUUUAUUUCCUCUAGUAUUUCUUUAUCAUUGUUUCUUUCACUUUCUUUCUUUCUUUCUUUCUCUUUUCCUUCAGCCUUUUCACACUUUUUCUUUCUUUCUUUCUUUCUUUCUUUCUUUUUUCCUUCAGCCUUUUCACACUCUUUCUUUCUUUCUUUCUUUCUUUUUUCCUUAAGCCUUUUCACUCUCUUUUUUUCUUUCUUUCUUUCUUUCUUUCUUCAGCCUUUUCACUCUCUUUUCUUUCUUUCUUUUUUUCUUUCUAUCUUUUUUUCUUUCUUUCUACACUCUUUUCUUCUACCUUUAAUUCCUCUCGUAUUUUUCUAUCCUUCUUUCUUUCUUUCUUUCAUGUUUUUCUUUCUUUUUUCCUUCGUUCUUACUUUCUUUCUUUCUUGUUUCCUUCAGCCUUUCCACUUUUUUUUCUUUCUUUCUAUGUUUCUUUCUUGUCACUCAAUUUUGUUCUUACUUUACGUCCUUCAAAGUUGCUUUCUUUCUUUCUGCCUUCCUUUCUUUUUUUCUUUUAACCUCCACCUUUUCUUAUUUUAUUUCGUUCAGCCUUUCCCACACUUUUCUUUCUUUCUUUCUUUCUUUCUUUCUUUCUUUCUACACUCUUUUCUUCUACCUUUAUUUCCUCUAGUAUUUCUCUAUCCUUAUUUCUUUCUUUCUUUCUUUCUUUCUUUCUUUCUUUCUUUCUUUCUUGUUUCCUUCAGCUUUUCCACUCUUUCUUUCUUUCUUUCUUUCUUUCUUUGUCUUUCCCCUUAUUCCUUCCUUUCUUUCUUUAUCUUUUAUCACCUUUCUAAUUUCUUCUUUCUUUAUUCUUCUAGUAUUUCCCCUUUCCUCUUUCCUUCCUUCCUUGCUUCCUUUUUUCCGGCAUUUCUCUCCUUCGUUCUUUCUUUCUUUCUUUCUUUCUUUCUUUCUUUCUUUCUUUCUUUCUUGAGGUAG